AUGGACCAUGCUCAGGUGGAAAGACAUCAAGGAGAUCCCGUUUCUCGAGAGAACAGCCUCUUCAAGUUCCCAAUGUUUGUAGUUUCACUUGACAGCUUCCUGCAGCUGCAGGAGGUGCAGCCGCACGAAGCACUCAUGUCUGCCGGCAAGUUGACGGAGUUCAAGGAGAGCUUGGGGCAUGCGAUUUUCGUGUCGCACCAGUGGCUUGCCAACGACCAUCCGGAUCCCAACGCCGAGCAGUUGAAGGUUCUCCAGGAUGCCUUGGAGAACAUCCGUUCAGGCAGAAGCAACAUCCACAUCCCCCUUGUGACAGAGAUGCUCUUCGGGCGCGUGUCGAAACCUUCGUCGAAGGACUUCACUGGGACUUCCGUGUACAUCUGGUACGACUAUUUCUCCUGUCCUCAGGGAAGCCAUGGUGAAGCCACGCUCCACCGGCAGCAGGCAAUCAGCUCGAUCGUGAGCUACAUCUCUCAGUGCAAGUACUUCGUCAUCCUCUGUCCGGCCUUGACGCAUCUGGAUCAACGUCAGGAGCUUGGGCAGGAGAGCUGGGCAGAGCGCGGGUGGUGCCGAACCGAGCGGCUGGCCCGGGAGCUCGCAGCGCGCAAGGACGGGGCUACCAUUGUGAUCGAGAGUGCUUCGCAGCUUUACCUGAUGAUCGAUGCACGCAGAUACCUGGACGCGCCCGGGGAAGGAGAGUUUACGAUCGAGGAGGACAGGCUCCAGAUUGCCCAAGUUCUCGUGCAGAUAGUUUGGAGGAAGCUGCUGUUCUUGCUGGAUGAGGGUGACUGGCACGGCUACCGAUUCCUGCUGAAUACGCAGCCCACAUGCAUCUUCAAGGGCUUGAACGUUCCUCCGGUGGAGGGCCUAAUACCAGGCUUUGUGCCAAAGAGCGAUCCCUUCGUUGACCGUACAGCAUACCAUGUGGAGUGGUUUCUGCAUGAGAACGGCUUCCGGAGCAUUUCGGAGCGAGACAAAGCUGGAUGGACGCCCCUGUGUUAUGCCGCCAUGUCUGGUAAUUCAAGCUUGGUGCAGUCAUUGCUGGAGAAACGUGCGGAUUGCAACGAGAAGAUGACUAAACAGAAGCCCGAGCUAGCCAUGUCAAAAGGAAUGCCGGUUCUUUCCCUUGCCACGCACUUCCACAGCAACGAGGUUGUCAAGGUGCUGCUGGCAGCCAGGGCAAACGUGAAUGCGCGCGAUAGUCGCCACUCCGUCCCUUUGCAAUGGGCGUGUCACACCGACAAUUUGGAAGCUGCCCGCAUCCUUCUGGCGGCUGGUGCGGAUGCUGGAAUCAAGCAGCUCCUUGGCUUCGACAGCUUGGAGUGCGCCGUGGGCGCUGGAGCCAAGCAGGUCACGCAGGAGUUGCUGAUCCUCAACCCCAAGGUGAGCCUGCAGUUUCGGCUUCACCAAGCAUUCAUCUUCUACAACAGCUCCAUGGAUAUCGUCGAAACCCUCCUCGAGGCUCGGGCCGACGUGAACGAGCAGCUCCGCAUUUCGAAUCCGGAUGGCUGGGGGAUAAACCUCUUUGAAGAAGCAACAUCCAUUUGA